UGUCAACUGAUGUAGUGUAGUUAUCCCACUGACAAAUAAAUGUUUUUCAAAAUGAAAAGGUUCUCAAUUUUUGCUGGUUGAAAGUGUGAGCUGUAAUAGAUAAUUCACUCAAGUCAGAUUUUUUAAAUUAAAAAAUAUCCAUUUGCCAUUUAGGGUUUUCAGUUUUGAGUGUAACAUCAUUAUUAUUAUAAAACCAGUCAUAGACUUCUCUUCAAGCUGUUUAUUUGAAUCUGAAUGAUAAUUUGUCAAUCAGUACUUAAAUUAGGAUAUGGAAGUGGCUAAAUCCUUAUUUAGCUCUAGGGCUCAUGAAGGCUACUCGGGCAAAGAGAAUUACAAUGAUAAGGUAGAAACAGCAGCGUCUGAUGAUGAGGAGAGCAGAGUUGGUAUGGAGGGAGAAGGGCUCGGCCUGGCUGUGGAGGGGAUGUCACCCACUCCCGGGGGUCCGUUCUCUGCCCUCACGCCCUCAAUGUGGCCCCAGGACAUCCUCAGCAAGUUGGGUCAACUACCUGAUGAUCCUAACUCUCAGCCUGACUACAGAUUUGAUGAAUUCGGGUUCCGUGUAGAAGAAGAGGAUGGUCCUGAGCAGAAUUCUAACAAGCUUCUAGGAGUCCCAUUUGUUGAAGAUACACAGCAUAGGCUAAAGUGGUUAGCACACCUGGAGUUCAGCCACAACAAAGAGUCAAGUGACUUGUCAUGGGACAGUGUGGAGCACCGACUGCCUCGCACAGACAAGUUGAGAGCAAUGUUGCGCGAAGGCAUUCCUCACUCACUCCGUCCUCAACUGUGGAUGAGAUUGUCAGGAGCACUAGAAAAGAAGCUUUCUUCUGAAAUGUCAUACAAGGACAUGGUCAAGGCCAGCAACAAUGAUGCUUUGUCCACAUCUAAGCAGAUAGAGAAAGACUUGUUGAGAACGAUGCCUAGCAACGCGUGUUUCAGCCACCUUCACAGCACUGGGAUACCUCGGUUACGACGUGUGCUUCGAGCAUUGGCAUGGUUCUACCCAGACAUUGGGUAUUGCCAAGGUACAGGAGUGAUGGCUGCCUCCCUACUCUUACUCAUGGAGGAGGAAGAUGCUUUCUGGAUGCUCAGUACCAUUGUAGAGGACAUACUACCGGCCUCAUACUACUCCUCCACAUUGAUUGGUAUCCAAGCAGACCAGAGAGUGCUAAGGACGUUGAUCUGUUCAUACUUGCCAGAUGUGGACCUCACUCUGAAGCAGCAUGACAUUGAGCUCAGCCUCAUCACACUACAUUGGUUCCUUACUCUCUUUGCAUCCGUAGUCCACAUGAAGGUGCUGCUUCGCAUAUGGGAUCUCUUCUUCUUUGAUGGCUCUCUUGUCUUAUUCCAAAUCACACUUGGGAUGUUAAAGAUUAAAGAGCCAACUUUAAAGGGAUUAGAAAACUCUGCCCAAAUAUUCAAUGCUUUGUCUGAUAUACCUGGAGAUAUUGAAGAUGUAGAUCAACUUCUUGAGGUGGCGUUCCGAGUGGCUGGUUCGCUGAGUGAGGUUAUGGUGGAGACUCAUAGGCGACGACACCUUGCAUACCUGAUGGCAGACGCAGGCGCAUUGGUUGGCAACCCUGAGGCCGCACCUAACCUACCCAAGCAGCACCUGAGCAGGAGACAAGUCAAAAAGAACAAAUCAGUUAUUCAACUUUUAUUAUUUGGAGACGAAGUCACUGAAGAAGACAUCAAGUCUAAAAACAUUAAGCAAACAGAGAUCCUUGUAGACCUGAGAGAGGCCAUCCUGCAAGUAGCUCGUCACUUCCUACAGACAGACCCCAAGCUACACAAAGAUGUAUCUCUGGUGGCAGACUACAGCAUACAGAGCCACACACGAGACCACGAACAAUAUCUGGAUGUGUCUCGUACUAGGAAGCGCAGAGCUAAAGCUCUCCUGGAUUUUGAGCGUCAUGAUGAUGAUGAGUUAGGUUUUCGCAAGAAUGAUAUCAUAACAAUCAUCAGUCAGAAGGACGAACACUGCUGGGUUGGGGAGCUGAAUGGACUUAGAGGAUGGUUCCCUGCCAAGUUCGUGGAGGUGUUGGAUGAGCGCAGCAAGCAGUACUCAUGUGCAGGAGAUGACAGUGUGUCAGAGGUGGUCACUGACCUAGUGAGAGGCACCCUGUGUCCAGCCGUCAAGCAAGUGCUGGAACACGGCAUGAAGCGACCGUCAUUUAUGGGGGGCCCCUGUCAUCCCUGGUUGUUUAUCGAGGAAGCUGCCAUGAGAGAAGUGGAGAGAGACUUCAGCUCUGUCUACAGCAGACUUGUGUUGUGCAAAACAUAUCGGCUCGAUGAAGAUGGCAAAGUCCUCACACCCGAGGAGUUGUUGUACAGGUGUGUCCAAGCCAUCAACCUAAGCCAUGACAACGCCCAUGUACAGAUGGAUGUCAAGCUACGUAGUCUCAUAUGUCUGGGACUCAACGAGCAGGUGCUGCAUCUCUGGCUGGAGGUUCUGUGUUCCUGUGUUGAGGUUGUGCAGAAAUGGUAUCAACCUUGGAGCUUCAUCUGCAGUCCAGGCUGGGUACAGAUCAAGUGUGAGCUCAGGAUUCUCUCUCAGUUCGCCUUCAACCUCAACCCAGACUGGGAGUUGCCAGCCAAGAAGCAGCCGUCACAGCCGCUCAAGGAUGGAGUGCGGGACAUGUUGGUCAAACAUCACCUGUUCAGUUGGGAUCUCUGAGCCUCGACCUCACACUAUCUCUUCAGCUGGGAUCUGUAGUAUCCAAGCUAUCCCUUCUCGUAUCCACUCAACUGAGUGUUCAAUUGGAAGUUUUUGCUUAAGGUUGGUUUUGUUUCCAUACUGAUUCUACUCAUGCCACAAUUUUGGGAAUGUAAAGAAUUGGUGAUCAAAUGCUUGAAUGGAGAUUAUUUCCCCAAAAGUAGGUUGGUGUAGUUGCUGUGUACCUUACUUCUCUUUCUUAUGUGGACGGACUAAGGACAUGUGGAUGAACCAUACUUCAUAACAAUGAGUGUGUGUAUAUUAUCUUUAUUAUCUUCAUUUUUGCUUAGUCUUCUUUUUGUGCUGCAGUAUCUAAUCGUCUUUGCCAUAAAAAAACAUAACUAACACAGAUAGUGCAACCCUAACAUAAAUGGGGUUUGGGCCUUCAUUUGGGUAUUGUACAAGUAAAUUUAGUUUUGUGUGCUAUAUUUAUAGUAAGGUUUUUUGUGAUUAUAGCAAGCUUACCUGAAUGGGAAAGAGUCCAUACUGGUAGAAGAUACAUAAAACUUACUAUAAAUACAAAACAUUAAAAUAUUCCACUCACUGUCACUGGCACUGGCAGAAUAUUCUACUGUGUUGUGUAUAUAGUGUAAAAUGUUGUAUAUCCUGUACCAGUUUGGAUUCCAAUUCAGGUAAGCCUGCUAUCCUCACAAAAAUCCUUAAACCCUAGGCCCUCAUGCUCUAUGUUACAUCCUUAUAUUUAUUGUAAAUUAUUGUAUAGAACUUAAUUUUGUAUUUAAACAAAUCUAACUUUUAAAAUUCAAUGCUUGAUACCUCUGGAUGUGUCAAAAAUGAAAUCAGAAUCUCAAAUCCACUAAAUGUCAAGAAAAUAUUAAUAUUCAAGAUUUGGUUAGCUGUAUGCAAGAAUCAAAUCUCAGAUUUCAUAUAGUUAAAGUUAAGAGUAAUACUUGCUAACCACCACAACCCUGUAUUUGCUCUAAACAAAAUAGAAUCCUAACAAAGAUUAACACGUUUGCUACAUUUUAAUCUUACACAUAAACCGGCUGUCACUUGGUUAACAGGGUUAACCAAGGGUGAAAACUUAUUAAACAGCGAUCAUUUACUUUGCAAAACCAUAGGGCUUAUAGGCUACUAAGCAGCACAAGGAGGUAUGUUUUAUCUUAUCUAUGGUAAUACGCUGUAAUCGGGUUUGUAAAUAUGUAAUAUAUUCAUGUUUUUUUUUUAUAUUUUUGAUACCCUUUUGUUAUGUUGCAUAUUUGUGACGCCCGGUCUAUAGAGAAGACAAUUGUUAAAAAUAUUUUUUUUAAUAGCACAAACAUACAUGCGACAGUUCAUUUUUGUUUUUGGUUUUAGGUGAAAGUAAGUAAAAAAAACUUAUGUUUAAAAAACAGUUAAUAAUUGAACAAAUAUAAAAGCUACAUAGAAUAAUAAUGUUUUGCCACAAUGGUAAAUUUUCAUAAAAUAAAAUGAAUUGUACAAAAAAUGUCUUUUAUUUAAUUAUAGUGUUCAAAGCUUAUAAUGAAACAAAUCAAAAAUCUACUUAGGAUAAAGACGUUUUGUUGCAAUAGUAAAUUGUCUAACUAUUGUAUCAUAUGGCGUCACCAAUUAUCAUAUCCACAGACCAAGCAAAGCAGAUGUGCGGCAGACAUCCCUGUAGAACACUGCAAAGAAUUCAUGGCCUUCAAAUAGACCGUUACAAAGAUAUAAGCGUUUUAAUAACAUUGGAACACAAAUAUUGGUUGGCAGCCUAUUUUUAUGUAACAGUCUAUGAGUAGAAACCAGCCAUCGCAUAUAUGCGUCACUGGUCCAUAUGAAUGACUUUUGUACUAUUGCUGUAGCGAACGUGUUCAAUAACAGACACACAACAAGCAGAUCUUUAACAAAUAGAUAAAAAAAUGAUUAAACCUUAAUAAUUUUUGCUGUAGCGAACGUGUUCAAUAACAGACACACAACAAGCAGAUCUUUAACAAAUAGAUAAAAAAAUGAUUAAACCUUAAUAAUUUUUUAUCUAUGAUUUUUGUUGUUUAUUAGCGGUUAUAAACAUAAACAGAGUAUUGGAGAUUUAUUUUAACAAAGUCAGAAUUUCCAAUGAUUUUACCAAUACCAGGUAGCUCCAAAUUUCAGAUAACGAGACUAACUAGUUGUGGUAAAUGCAGUUACAAUUUUACUGUGAUUUGUCUUAAUUUUUAGAAAUCUGAAAGCAAAUUGUUCACAUAUUCCAUUUUAGGAAAGAUGGGUAAUGAAUAGCAAUGCCCCUACCCCCUUACCUCGUGUAAUAUCACAUAAAGCAAAAUGUAUUGGAAGCAAAUUUAUCUGAAAGAGCUAAACACAUUAACAUUAUAUCUUCUGUCUAGUUUUUUUAACACGUUCGCUGAGGGCUAUCAAAUGGCAGGCGUAGCCCCAGUGCAGCGCCGCCCGCAGCGUCGAACAAACCCGAUUGCCGGGUGAUUGGCUCUCAUAUUUCGGUAUAACGAAUAGCAAAUAACGUGCGGUGAUGUCCUGUUUUAUAACAAGAGUCGACAUAGUUUGCUUAACACUCACAGAUAGCAGCACUGCUUGGAACGUAGCCGGUCCCAUCGUAUUGCCAAUUGGAGGGAGAAAGACGGGACAACAAGUUGAUUUUUAAGUUGGCCAGACGGGUAUUUUAUGUGGAAAUUUUACUACCAACCUACAACACAACAAAAAGCAAGUCACCCACUACACGCUAACAUGGAAUAGGUCUGACUUCGACCGAUGCUAGAGCAAAAACGAUGAUAUACGAAAGGCAUUGCCGAGCGUAUCUGAUCGGUUACGGCAGCACCUGAACAGCGCUCGGCCCGUAUCCGAUCGGAUACGCCCGCAGUGAACGUGUUAAUACUUUUAACUUAGUAAUGUGUUUGCCAUUCACUUUAAUAUUUCCUUAAUUUACCAAAAGAAAAAUAACAUGGUAGUGCCUGUGGUUUUAUUAAUGAAACUUGCUUUUAUUGUUGAAUAUAAAUAUUGAUUUUAAUUAAUCUUAUAUUUUAAAAUUUUUUAAUUAAUGUUAACUAGCCUAUUUAACACGUAGAGUGCGGCCGUUCCCGAUCGGGUACGGCGCUUGGCCCCCGUACGGUGCGUCUGUACCCCAUCGGGAACGCUCGGUAAUGCCUUUUGUAUAUCUUCGUUUUUGCUCUAGCGUCGGCCGAAAGCGGACCUAUACGACGUUAGCGUGUAGUAUGUGACUUGCAUUUUGUUGUGGUGUAGGUUGGUAGUAAAUUUCCCCGUAAAAUCCCCGUCUGGCAAUCUCAAAAGUCUUCUUUUUGUCCCGUCUUUUUCCCUCCAAAGAGACCAAAGAGAUUGUGUUCCCAUUGGCAAUACAAUUCCAAUGGGACCGGCUACGUUCCAAGCAGUGCUGCUAUCUGUGGGUGUUUAGCGAACUACAUCGACUCUCGUUGUAAAGCAGGACAUCCCCUCACGUUAUUUGCUAUUCGUCAGACCAAAAUUGAAAAGGCCAAUCACACGCGGCAAUCGGGUUUACUCGACGCUGAGGGCUGCGCCGCACUGGGGAUACGCCCGCUAUUUGACGUGCCGCAGCGAACGUGUUAAAUGUGUAUAAAUUGCGGUUAGUUUAUUCAGUAAACAUCUUUAUGAAUUGACAAUAUAUUAGCUGUUGUGUGUAAUACUGUAUACUGUAUUAUAUUACUAUUUCGAAAUGAGCUCAAAAGCUUGCUGUCUCUAAUUAUUAGCUGUAACAUAAAUAAAAUCUCAGUUUGAUAAUUUGGUAUAUAGCCUAUAUGCUUUGUAUUUAAUGUUGUCUAUAAAUCGCUAUUUUGAAGUUAUUGAACUCGUAAAGGUUGUUGAUUGUAAAAUAAAUGUAUUUGUUUUAAUAACUACCUCUUGUAAACAUAGUGUUUUAUAUGCAUAGUUGAUCUGUUAUGUGUACUUAACAUACAAUGUUACGGUUUUCGUUUUUUUAUUUGUAUUUUACACAUUUGUAAUUUUCAAUUACCAAUGCCAUUUCCCUGGACAAGCUGUUUGGAAGUAAUUUUACCUAUCUAUGAAUUCAACAUUUCAAAUGUUUAAUUUUAAUGUUUAAAUUAUAUUUUAUUCUUGAACUUAAAAAUAUUUUAUUCAAAAUGUUGAUUGAUAAUCUUGUCUUACAAUUGUUGUCAUCAGUAUUUUGGUGAUCUGACCACUGACUAGAUAGGUAUGUAGAUUGAAGCCAAAAACUUAGUUUGUACCUAACCUAACACUUUUGAAAUCUUUGCAAAAUCAAUUGUGAGGUUCAAUUCAAAACCUUAUCUUGUGUACUACUUGUGUUUAUCUUUAAUCUAAGUAUCAUAACUUAAUUUUUCAUAUUUAUUGAAUAUCUGUCAAAUGAAUAAACAUUAUUCAAUAUUAUUCACUUGUACUCUGAAUUUAAAAAAUGUUACUAUCAUACUAAUUACAUUAAAUUACAAAUUUUAUAAAAAAGAAAACUAAUUCUAGUGUAUAAUCUCAAGACAUUUAUGGUUUUUACAUUUUUUUGUGGUUUUUUACCUGUGACUGUCAUUUGAUUGUUAUUUUUGGGGAACUUGACAUUUUGUAGCAACCUUUGGUGUAAAAAAACUUGGUCCUAUAUUGUUCAAAGUUGAUUCUUCAAAUCAUUUUUAUUAAUUGUAUUGUAAAAUGUUUUAAAAUAAAAUCAGUACUAUUAGGCUGUUUCGAAGGGACAGGGUCUUAAUUUAACCAUUUAGAGAGUUUGUAAAUGUUGCAUUUAAAUAUGAUACCAGAAUGGAAUUUUCAUCUUUUUUAAAUGGUGCCUUACAAGUAUCUGGAAUAGAACCAAACAAUUAACUUCUUAUAGAAAGGUAGUGCAUCAUGAAAAGUAAACCAAUGUAUGUAUAGUGUAUAGCAACUUACCACUUAUCAGUAACUUAAAGUUUUACUCUUUGUGCUGACAUAUUGAAUGUUGAAAAAAUUAUACAUCUACAGUACAACAAUUUAUAUCCCAUUUUUACAACUAAAUUAGUAGAAUGUUCUACAUCCCCUUUCUUUAGUUUUUCUUCCCUAUUAUUUUUAAAAAUUGGCGUAGUAAAAAAAAUUGGGUUUUAUAUCUAUUUGAAUAAAAAUCUUGUUAACUGUUAUAUUUUGUGUAAUGUUUUGGGCACAGUUGGCCAGUUGUACUGGACAAGUUGUUGACGUAAAAGUGUAAAAUUGUUUCAACAUAUACUAUUAUCUCUGCAGCUCAUGUGUCCAGCUCAGAAUUAUUUUAGUUCCAAAGUUUCUUUCUAUAUAAGUCACACUACUAAGCUGUCUUGGAGCUGAACUUUCUCAACGCUUAUUUAAUUUUGAUACCUUAUUGAUGCUGUAAGUGUAAGUGAAUACUUUUUUGAUAAUAGGGCCAAUGAAACUAAAUUUUUUAAAUAAUGGUUACUCAUGUUUUUUACUGUUAGUAUUUAUUUACAUUAACUCUUAAGUAGUGAUGUGUCUAUACCAAAAUUUAUCGAUUUUCGAUACCAAUACCAAUACCUGAAAAAUCAAUUCUCAAUACCAAUAUAAUUUUUUUAUUGUUUUACCAAAUUUUCUGAAUAAAUUGGUUAUACUAAACCAACCCCUGUCUUUCUUCCCUUAAGUAUGUUUUAUGUAAUGGGAUGUGUUUCAAGUAAAGAAAAAAUGUAUGCAGCAAUGAUACAUUCCAAUUAGCCAAUUUAAGUUCAAACACUUCUAAACACAUUAUAAAACUACCACAUUGAAGAUAAAUAAAGAUCUAACAACAAAAAUCAAAAAGAAAAUGAUUUUUUAGAGGUGUGCUAGCCUGACAUUUUCAGUCAAGCCAAACUCAAGGUAAUAUUGUGAUCAUCGCCAGUGAUCGUGGCGGUUUCAUCUUCGUCUUCUGGGAUCACUGCAAAAUCCUAAAUAUCUCCUCAAUUACCGAAACAUCUUCACUGUCUUUCACGGUUGCGGAAAAAUCACAAACAUCUCCCGCGGCCAUGUAGACAUCAUCAUUGACUCCCGCUGUCACAGAAACGUCAUCGUCCACGAUGGCGGCAAUAUCAUGAACUUCUUCUGUGGCCGUGUAGAAACCAUCGUUUUCCGCAAUAGCGGCAGAAUCAUGAACAUCUCCCGUGUCAUCAUCCUCUCCCACAGUCGUUUGGCAAUAGCGGUAAUUUUACGAAAGCGCGGCGUGAUGGGUAUCAGUAUCGGAAUCAACUUCUGACAAUCAAUUCUCGAUGCCGAUACCAACGGCCAAGAAUUUGUGGUAUCAAGAAUCGGUAUUGAGAAUCCACACAUCCCUAUUAAGUAAAUUUGUAAUUGUCUGUUAUCAGUUUUUAGUUUAAGAUAUUUUGAAAUCUCUUGAUAAGUCAGUGUUAACUAGGCUGUAAUGAGUUUAUGUUGAAACAUAUUAUAUACUAUAUAGCAAACAUUCCAUUAUUUUAUAGAUGUGCAUAUUAUCCAUUGUUUAGUGUUGUAUAUUAAUAUUCUUUAAUUUGCGUUAUACAAAAUAUACCAUUAAUAAUAAAUAA